AUGGCUACUAUUAAUACAGUAUACUAUAUACCUACACUCCUGGGGCUAACGACGACAUUUGGUAUUUCAUGUACGAUUGCCAUUGUCUGUGUUACCGGUUUCGAGCUGCUUCGAUCACGUAAAUCCAUGCAAUCCUUAUUUGCACCACGUACACGAUUACAAGAGAAUAGCACCAAUCCGUUAUCUUCAAAGCCAUUUGGAUGGUUAACGGGAUCGAUCAAGCUGGAUGAAGCGUGGAUGAUUGAUCAUGUAGGCUUGGAUGCGGCCAUGUAUUUACGAUUUCUACGGAUGGCUGUACAAUUCCUUGCAUUACUUGCAUUGUUGCUGUGUCCUACAUUGUUAUCGGUGCACUGGCAAUCCACACCUACCUUGAGCAACGAUGAUGAAAUCGCCUAUUUCCAUAGCAAUGCGACUCUCUUUCGGUUAUCAAUAUCCAAUGUGCCCGAUGACACGCCCAUUGUUUGGAUCCAUGCUGCAUUUGUAUUUCUGAUAUCCCUGGGUUGGCUCUGGCUGCUCUUCGCCAAUCAUUGCCAUCUUCUUCAACAACCCCAAAAGCGAUCCUACACCGUUCUUGUCACCAAUGUACCGCAUCACCUACGCAAUGUCCAAGCGCUUCGCCAGCACUUUUCGUCAGAGGUUGGCCCUGUCGAUACCGUGAGUCUAUUGAGUCAAGCAGGUGCUGAACCUCUUCAACUCGCCCUUCAGCGACGCAUGCAACACAUCGAUCGCCUUGAACGUCUCCUCAUUGUCCUUGGUCGACGAUGCAUUACACCCAACUGGAUACAAAGCAUUCCUCCUCACCACGGCAUUGUCGAUCUGCUGGACAAGAUUGACGAUAUCGAUCGAGAGAUAGAACGGCUACGUGAACUUAACCACAUGUCAGCACGCUAUUGCACACCUACUGGCACGGCUUUUGUUACCUUCAAAUCCAUAGAAUCAGCAAGGCUAUGUGCGCAGAUUGUCACAUCAUGGAAACCAGGCGUAUUCCAAACGCAGUUGGCUCCUGAACCAAGAGAUGUCAUGUGGGAAGGGUUGCUACGUCGUGGACGAAGAGACAAGGUGAUGAGCCAAGUGAGAAGAUGGACCGUGUUCGUUGCCGUAUGGUCGUUGACUAUAUUUUGGCUCUUUCCAGUAUCAUUCAUUCUUAGUCUUACGUCGAUCGAAUCGCUCUCCCAACACCUCGGCUUUCUUGAUUCCUUUCUAGCAAGCUCAACCUUGGUGAGAUCGUUUGUUCAACAUGUACUUCCAAUGCUUCUGGUGACUUUAUUCAUGAGCCUCCUUCCUUGGAUCUUGUUUGUCAUUUCCAAGCAACAAGAUUUUGUAUCUUAUUCAGAGUUGGAGGAUGCCGUACUUUGCCGCUAUUAUCGUUUUGCCAUAUUCAACGUUCUCAUUGUAUUUCUUCUCGGCACGACUUUUCUAUCUACGAUGUUGGAUGUACUUCAUGAACCUGCACGGGUGAUUCACUUGCUGGCCAAGUUUUUACCACAAGGAGCCAACUUUUUCCUAAGUUAUAUCCUCUUCAACAGCUCCUCGCAUGCUAUGGAAUUACUUCAGCUUGGUUCACAGCUCUUCGGCCAUUUGAUCGCAUCCAUUCCCUUUAUUUCCAACACGCCUCGCAAACUCUCUCGACAUACUCAGCCAUGGUCGUUCCCCUUUUACUACUAUUACCCAAAUCACAUUUUGGUGUUUGUGAUUUCCAUGACCUACUCAGUCAUCCAACCUUUGAUCCUACUCUUCGCCCUCCUUUAUUUCUCUCUUGCGCUUGUUUGCUUUCGACAUCAAUUUGCCUAUUGCUAUGUACGUCGCUAUGAGUCGAACGGUUUCCUUUAUCAGCGCAUGGCAGGCUAUACCUCGGAUGGAUUGCUCAUUUUCCAAAUGACGGUGAUGGGAUUAUUGUAUCUCAAGGGAGUGUGGAUUGCAGCUACCGCUAUCAUACCACUUUCGGUUUUUACCGUUUGGGCAAAAAUCAAGCUAUCAAAGCAGUACAUGCGCUCCACAACAAUGACCCGCCCACAGCUACCUGACAUUGUACAUGCAAAUCCCGUGGAUGAUAUUUGGAAACUUUCUUAUCUCAAGACAUGGUACGUGCAUGGACGAUAUGGGAUCCAUCAGCAGAUCACUACGCCGAGAAGCACCAGCCGAAGUAGCAGCAUCACGAUCAAAGACAUUUCCCACUUGGAGGAUGGUGAUGGAAGCAGCAAUGAUAACAACAAGGAGGAGGAAGAAGAAGAGAUUCGACCCUUGACCCUAUAUCCCUCAGAUCAACCACGCUACGAUGAUGGAUUUGCAUACCCACCCUUGGUUGAGCAGCUUGAACGUCGCCUAUGGUUACCACGUGAUCCAGGAAAAAGACAAUGGAACCUCGAUGAUUGCAUCCCCCUAACAUUAGACGAGCUCAGCCAAAUAGUUGACAAACGCCAUGAUCAUUGUAUCGUUAAACCUUGA